AUGGUUAUAUCCAACCGCACAACAGUGGGUUACACAAGUACGCUGCUGAUACCGGAGGAGACGGUUUGGCUUCCAUAUGUUUGUUUGGUGCUUACAGUUAUGACGUGGCUUGGAUAUGAUUUCUACAGGUUCCACAGGAAUCACUUGAAGAAAUACGCUCGCAUCGAAGAGCAUGCCGUCGUUUACAAGGCAACAGCUACAAGGCAAAGAAUCAGCAUGGUCUCCGGGAUAGGGCUCCGUUUCAAACGCGGCAAACCAGUUCUUGGAGAUGUAUGGAACACAUCGCCCUCCUCAUCAGACAUGUCCGUCUACUGUGCGCCCAGAAGAAACGCCCUUGUCUCGUACAGUCGGGAGGUGACGCCCUCUGACGAAGGAGGGGAGUAUUCGGAUACCGAUCUGUUCGCCAGCAGCAGAUAUGGAAGCUGUGAAGACUUGGUCCAGAACGAGGUUUAUAACAUACAUCAUAAGGGAUGGGAGAUUGGUGGAGAGUAUGUAAAAG